AUGUGGGGCCUUAGCCUGCUCCUCUUCUGCGGGUGCUGUGGCCUUUGCUUUGGAGGGGUGACCAGGCUGCCUGGGCCACACCCCACUCUGGAUGAUGUGAACGAGUGUGCGGAUUCCACCAUCUGCCCCACAUUUUCAACCUGCACCAACACCAUCGGGAGCUACUAUUGUGCUUGCAAACAAGGCUUCCGGUCCAGCAACGGACAGCCUCACUUCACAGACCCAGGAGUGCAAUGCCACGAUAUUGACGAAUGUUCUCAAAGCCCCUCGCCGUGUGGUCCUCACUCGGUUUGUGAAAAUCGGCGCGGAAGAUACAAGUGUAGCUGUCUUCCGGGGUUCUCUUCACCCCUUGGUGAUGGCUGGAUCCAUGGAAAGCCAGGCCAUUUCCAUUGCACGGACAUCAACGAGUGCCUCAACCGCAGAGUCUGCCCCGAGCACUCCGUCUGUACCAACUCCGAGGGGAGCUACAGCUGCAGCUGCCGCGCUGGCUUCGUCUCUAACAACUCCACCUGCAAAGAUGUGGAUGAAUGUGCCGGUCCUCGAGCUUGCCCGGAGCACGCCACUUGCUUCAACGCUCUCGGCAGCUACUCCUGUGCCUGCAACCCAGGGUUUGAAUCCAGCAGUGGACGCAAGAGUUUCCGGGGUCUGAGAGAGGCGUGUGAAGACGUGGAUGAGUGUUCCAAGAACUCCUCUCUCUGUGGUGCCAACUCGGUCUGCGUCAACACCCCUGGGGGGUACAACUGCUCCUGCCUGCCUGGGUUCUUCUCCGCCAGCGGUCGGGCCCCCGCGGACACCAAGGCUUUGCAGUGCACAGAUAUUGAUGAGUGUGUUGAAAAGUGCCCCCUCAACUUGGAUUGCACCAACACCCCUGGGAGCUACUUUUGCACCUGUCACCCUGGCUUUGCACCCAGAAGUGGGCAGCCGAGUUUCAAGGACCAUGAAGCGGAAUGUGAGGACGUCGACGAAUGCCUCCAAGACCCCUCACCGUGUGGCCCAGAUUCUGUCUGCACCAACACCCCAGGCUCCUACAGCUGCGGCUGCACCGUGGGCUUCCGCCCCCAUCCGGAAGGCUCCCAGCGACACGGCAACUUCAGCUGCAAAAGGGUCCCCUUCAAGUGUAGGGAAGAUGUGAUACCCUACAACGAACUCGUGCAGCGAUGUCACGGGGCAGCAGCCGGGGAACCUGACGCUGUUUCCUUCUGCACACUCAUGAACGCCACCUUCGGCGUGCUGGAUGAAUCCUGCGAGAGCAAAGCUCCCCCAGAGUCUCUGAAGACCGUGGCAGAGAACUUUGCUUCUGUGCUGGAACAAGCGUCGAUGUCGUCUGUCAACUUCACCAGGGCGGAGUCGUCAGCCCUGGCUACGGUGUUGCUGCAGAGUGUGGAGAGCGCCACCGUGGCCACUCUGCUGAGAACUUCGGGGAGUGGCGGCCAGUGUGUCCGCACACAACAACUAGAUAUCGAGAGCAAAGUUAUCAAGGACGGGUGCGUCGGGGAGAGCAAGUUCUUCAGCCUGAAGGCCAAAGGGGACAAGAUGAAGAUCAGCUGCUCCAUGGUGGAGGAAGCUGAGCCUGCAGGGCUCUCCGGAGUGGCUUUUGUGUCCUUUGCGGGCAUGGAGUCCGUUCUAGACGAACGCUUCCUAGAAGACCCCUGGGGCUCUGGGGACAACUCCGGGAGGAAGCUGAAGAUGAAUUCACGUGUUGUUGGUGGCCUCACGACUGGGGAGAAGAAGGAGGGCUUCUCAGAGCCCAUCGUCUACACCCUGGAGAACAUUCAGCCAAAACAGGAGCAUGAGAGGCCCAUCUGUGUUUCCUGGAGCACCGAUGUGGAUGGUGGAAGGUGGACACGCUCUGGCUGUGUGAUUCUGGAAGCUUCCGAGACACACACCGUCUGCAGCUGUAAUCAGAUGGCGAACUUGGCCAUCAUCAUGGCCUCAGGGGAGCUCACGCUGGAGUUCACCCUGUACAUCAUCAGCCACACGGGCAUGGUCAUCUCCCUGCUGUGCCUGGCGCUGGCCAUCCUCACCUUCCUACUGUGCCGCUCCAUCCGUAACCACAACACCUACCUGCACCUGCACCUCUGCGUGUGCCUCUUUUUGGCCAAGAUUCUCUUCCUCGUCGGGAUAGACAAGACCGAGAACCGGAUGGGCUGCGCCAUCAUCGCGGGCUUCCUGCACUACCUCUUCCUUGCCUGCUUUUUCUGGAUGCUGCUAGAGGCCAUAAUGCUCACCCUGACGGUCAGGAACCUGAAGGUGGUGAAUUACUUCAGCUCUCGCAACAUCAAGAUGGUAUACCUCUGCGCCUUUGGCUAUGGGCUCCCAGCACUGGUGGUGGCAGUCUCUGCUGGCGUCCAGCCACAGGGCUACGGGAUGCACAAUCGCUGCUGGCUGAAUACGGACACCGGGUUCGUCUGGAGCUUUCUGGGGCCAGUGUGUGUGAUCAUCAAGAUCAACUCCGUGCUGCUCACGUGGACGCUGUGUGUCCUGCGGCAGAAGCUUUCCAGCGUCAACGCCGAGGUCUCCACGCUCAGAGACACCAGGUUGCUGACAUUCAAGGCCUUUGCCCAGCUCUUCAUCUUGGGCUGCACCUGGGUGCUGGGAAUCUUCCAGAUUGGACCCGUGGCCCAUGUCAUGGCGUACCUGUUCACCGUGGUCAACAGCCUGCAGGGGGCCUUCAUCUUCCUCAUCCACUGCCUGCUCAGCCGCCAGGUACGAGAGGAAUACAGGAGGUGGCUGUGCAGGAGGCCCAAGCCCAGCUCCCAGUCCCAGACCACGGGGAUGGUUCUGUUGUCCACGCCAUCCGCUUCCAAAAUGGGUUGACGUCCUGUCUUGCUUUCAAGUACGCCGUGGAGCGCCGUUGAGGGUUGGCCAAGCCUCCAGGAGCCUCCUG